AUGCUGAACUUAUUAUUGUGGGUAAAGAAGAAGAGAUGCAAAGAAAGUUUAAUUAACGAAAAAAUUCUAGAAGAGAUUGAAACCUGGAAACAGUGGAAGAAUGCAAAGGAUGAGGAGUUCGCGAAGCAAGAGGAUUAUAAAUCGCCGGAAAAUAUGUAUGGAUGUUUUGCUAAAUUACUAUGGCAUAUUGAUCAGAAACGUUUGAAGAAAAUAGAAGAUGCGACACAGAAGGAUAUAAAAAUUAUUUAUUACUAUAAAAGACAUGUAUCUCCAAUAAAAGGAAUAUUGAAAAUGAUGAUUUCCACAUAUAAUGAAACACCUAGAAGCACUAUCACUGAAUUUGAAGAAAUAUUCAAAUCUCAUUACUGGAUUACAUGGAAAGAGCUGGAAGAAUUAGAGAAAAAAAAAUCUACAUUGAAAAAGAAAAAGAAAUUAUUAAAGAAAAUGAAAAACUUCAAAUGGAAAUUAUCGUGA